GUUGAGAUAAAUUGGCAGAAUUAAGAGAAUUAAAACAUUUCAAGAGCUCAGAUUAUUUCAUAUGGAAACGGUUCAAUUUUGUUUCACGAACGCAAAACAUAUAGGUUUAUGAAUAUGAAAAGGUUGAGGUGGUGUUGAUUUGACUCUGUGUAGGUUUAGAUGCAGGGAGAGGAAAGCUACAGGGCUUCAGCCACUCUCUGUCCCACCUCUCCCGAUGACCUAUCUGAAAGUGAUACUUAGGUAUUUCAGUGAUGGAGUGCCUUCAAACAGUGAUGUUGAUAGCUUUGGUAUGACGCUUGACCUUUGAUUCUAGUCUAGUGUUUUGAUUUUCUGUGGCUCAUCUGCAUGCAUUUGCAAACAUGCAAACAAAGCAAAGAUUUUUUUUACAUGUACUGAGCGAUGUCUGUUUACUGUGAAUGUGUCUUUUCUCACAAUCUGAUGUCUAUCAGUUUCCUCUCCAUGUCUAGUUCUCAUUCCUGGUUUGUGAAUUGUUCAACAAAUGAAAACCUGCUCUUUGUAAAGUGAACAUCCAAGUCUAGAAAUAAUAAGAAAUUAAAGGGAAACCAGUGGAGGAUCUCAGUCAUCUGUCAGGAUUAUAUAAUAAAUAAAAUAAAGUGUCUGAUGUAGAGAGGAGCAAGUGUAUUUAAACUUUAUAGACAGUUAAAAGAGCUUUUGAAUAAUUUCCUACAGUUGCUUAGUGCAGCUUCUUUAGCUGUGGGGAAGUGUGAUCCAUUUUAUGUGCUUGACAGCUAGAAUCUAAUUUUUGGAGAAUGCAAUUUUUGUUUUCUAACUUCUCCUCUCUACACCAGAUAGUGCCAGAUAAGUAUUCCCAAGAAAACUUAACAAGAAAUGCAUCUUGGGACUUCCUGUUUACUUUUAUUUGUGGUUGUGAAACGGGAAUGUUGAGGAGUUUAAUUGUUGAAUUGUUGUUAAAUAUGCUCAUAACUCAUUGAAACAUAUUGGUAUAAUUGCAGUGCAGUAGUAAAACGUCAGUAUUUUAACAAGAUGAUGUAUUUCUGAAAUGGAUGAUACAAAGGACCUGUAUGUGCAGCGCGGAGCAGCCAUUUUCUGGCGAGGUCAUCUGUGUGUUCCGGUAUUGCAAGUAAACUGAGAUUGCUGUGGAAUAUAAGUGUUUAUAGAAAAUGUAUGUAACACUUCCACAUUUUUUAAAGGAGCCUUGUGUGAUUUAGCUCUUUGUAAUUUGUUCUGCACAGAGAGAGGCCACUGCCGUAUUUUUGUGUUUGUAUUUUAUUUCAUUUCCCUUAUUCCUCGCACUGGCGCAUCUUUUUAUUUAUCGUUUAUCCUGUUACUUUGCCACGCUACCUCUCAUACUGUUGAUGUUCAGUACAAGUCCAUAUGGCUGCCGUUUCACAAAAGUGAAGGUCAAAGGACAUUUUUGUUUAUUCAGUUGCCAUUGGCAAUAAAAACUGCACAUUAAGAACCCCAGUAAUUGUGUCCUGUGUGGCUAAGCAUUUCCCAGGCUACAUUUAAAGGACCUUGUAAUAAGAAUACAAAAGAAUCUAAAUCUAAAGUCCCCGCCAAGCUUGUUUUUACAGUUUUUGCAAACAGCUGUGUUGUUCAAAACUUUUUCCACACCAAAUGAGAUUUAAAUCUUGAUAAGGAAAAACGUUCAGAGACAGCCAUCCUCUCGAGCCUAUCUCUAUCAACUUGUGGUUGGUAGCUUCACUGAAGUGUGAGAAACCCAGCAAAAGUCACAAGCAAACCAGUGCAGUAGUUCUCAGAUUGGUAUUUGUGUUCAGAGCUGUGUCCAGGAUCUUCACUUGUUCUAGUGCUUAAUUAUCAUUCUAACAUGAAGCAUUAAUUCUUGUUGGGUUUUUUAGUUCCCAUUUAUGGGUUUGUAAUUGUUGAGCUUUGGAUGCCCAUUACUUUACUGCACCAGCUCUAUUUUGGAGUCUUUGAGUAUGUUAUAGCUCCCUCAUGGUUUCCCUCAGUGUUCUCUCUGUCUCAUCUUCCUGCUUCCCCUCUGAUGUGGUUCAUUCAUGUUUCAUUCCUUGUUUCAUUUUUCUAAGCUGUUAUUUUCUUGUUUAUUUUCUGAUAACUACUUUCCUCUUGUGCUUUGUUCAGAGUUUUACUGGAGGUCUGUGCCCGUUCCUUAAUCACCGUUUGUGUGUACACCGUCCAUUGUUUUAUCCUGUUGGUUCUGUGUAUCUUUUCUGGUUUGCUCUCUAUAUUUUGCUGAAGUGUUUGACUUGUUUUAUUUUGUUUUUGGACCUUGGACUCAUCUUUCAGCUUAAUAAAAAGCUUUUUUUUCCUGCAUUGGAGUUCCUUAUUCUGUAACCUACAGAACACAGAAAUUACUUGUUUGGCUCAAUAUUUGAAACCUUAAACAAGCAUAAAUUGUAAACUUGUUGCACUACAUUAUGGAAGACCAUCAAACCACCAAAAAGUAAAUACAUUUAGGAAGAAUAAUUUUCUUUUUUUUCUUUUUUGACAAAGUUGAUUUUUAAAAAAAGAAACUUGCACGUGCACUAAAGCGAAUAAAAAUGCAACCCUAAGUGACAUAAAACAAUGUCUCUUUAGGUUUUGUAUCACGGAAAAAAAAACUUUAAAGAACCGGAUAAUCUUCAGAGACUGAACAGUUUUAUUAGUACAAUGGAACUAAAUCAAAAGCACGUGCCCAAACCAAGAAGGCAAGAGGGGGAAAAAAACCCAAUGACGUAAAAAAAAAAAGACUUCCUGUGAUGUGAUUGAUAAGUUUAAACCUCAGCUCUCUGUCUCAUUCACCGUCUGAGACAUCAGUGGCACCACAGAGCUGAGGUAAUGGCACAUUUACUAAAAUAUCACUGAACUCAUGUCAGCUGGUGAAUUUAUUCAUUAUGAAAAGUUAUAAACUUGAUGCAUUUUAUUUGUUAUUUUCCUAUGACAAGUGUAGUUUACGAAAAGAUAAAUUCCAAUCUAUUGUAAUAUAGAUGAAAUGGUACAAAUUUCAUAAUACUGAAGAAGUAGAUACAUUGUAAUGCAAAAUUCAAAGAGGCUUUAAACAUAUAUGUUUUAUUCAUAUCCACAGAACGAUACCUGUGUUCAAAAAGACAUGAAGUGCUGGCAGCUCCUGUUUGGGCUUUGGUGCUACGGCAUCCUUGCAAUGAGCAGCGGGAUCGAAGCUGAUGUACCGUCAUGGAUGUGUGUGACUGACUAUAUACACAACAUUACUUGUGUCUUCAACAACAUCACUGCUAUUCCAUUGGGAAAGAACAAAACGAACUACAGCCUAUAUUUCAAGGAGAACUCCGAACACAACCCUUCUUGUCCACUUGUGGUGAUGAAUCACAAUUACUACUGUGAAUGUCAACUCAACAAUAAGCUUUGGGCGGAUUAUAAUUCCUAUGAAAUUGACAUUUGUGAUGAAUCUCAAUGCAUCAAUUUAGAAAAUGAAUUUAUUUUAGUAAAUCACAUUCAGCUGAAACCUCCGCCUGAGCUUGUGGUCCAAGAAACAACAGAGACUCUCAACAUUACAUUUAAAAGUCGGUAUGAUGACCAUUUAUACCUUGGUGGUCACCUCAUGUAUGAAAUAUUACUUCAAACACCUGAAAGCAGUGAGAACAAAACUUUUACGGUUCCACCCCAAAAGAAGUUUGAAUCUAUUAAUCGGAAAUUGCACCUGAAAAAUUGUGAAUAUUGCAUUAAAGCAAGAUAUAGACCUCAAACAUAUAGUGAAACUUGGAGUGAAUGGAGUCAACCAACAUGCUGGGAAAACAAAGCAGAACCAGAAACUUUAUUAUUAUUAUUGGCCAAAUAUCUGUUCCCACUGUGUCUGGUUUUGGGAGCUCUGCUGUUUGUAUUCUACAGUCCAGCUGCAAGGAUGAAGAUAAAAACUCUGUCCCACACGCCAUCCCCGGCUCCUUUCUUUCAGCCUCUGUAUCAGCAACAUAAAGGUGAUCUCCAGGAAUGGCUUUCUCCGAAAGGUAAAAAUGUACUAAUGCACAAAGCCGAUGAGGGCAUGAUAAAUGAUAGAGUGGCUGUUGUGCCAAAACCCAACACGAAGGACCCAGAAGAGACCCAGACCUUCCUAAACCCUCCAGUGAUUCAGCUGGCAUUCCCUCAGUGCCAGACCUCCUACGUUGGCCUGCCUGGGAUGGAUAUGGCUCCUGCUCCUAUAGCUAUGGUCUGUCCAGCUAACACCUCUUAUACUCAGCUCCCCUGCUCCGUCUGGGAGAGGGGCAGGGAGGCAGAGAUUGCCUCCUCUCCACCUGAAGAUGUCCUGGAUAUCAGCUGUGUUGACUCUGGCUGCAGCUUUGAGGAUGUGACACAAAGCCCAGAGUGCAGUUUACCAAGCAGUCCUGUUGUUGAGACUCUAGCACCAUGUUACUGUAGUGAUUACUGCAUUCUUAACAAAACAGCUGAAGGUGUUGUUCCUGUUUUACUGUCUAAAGAGAGCAAUGUAAAAGUUUCAUCUGAUUCCCAGCAUGAGCGCGAGAGUUAAAGCAGGAAAUGGUUCUGUCAGUUUGUUUGGAGCCAGAAAAAUUCAUAAGAGUGGUGGCACUGACAGCCACGGCUGUAGACCACAUGGCAGGAGAGAUUCCAUGAAGUGGCUUGAAGCUGGCCAGUUCACUUGUUGCAAGUUGCUGUGUGUUCUUGAUAGCAGCGGGUUUGUGCUUGAACUUCAUACAACAUUUACAUCUGUUCAAAUGUAUGUGAUUAUCAUUUUUUAUGACAAAAACAUAAAAAACACCAUAUAACACAUAGAGUAGGCUUCUGCUUUGGCUGAUUUGCAUAUGUUAACACUUGACGCAUUCUGACUGCAGAAUGUUAAGACUUGAAUGUUUGUGAAUUCCACUAGAGCUUUGGAUGAUAUGAUUUUCUGUAGCUGUAUGGGGAAAGUGUUUUGUUCUGGGGGUUUUUUUUUUUCAAUUUAAUCUACCUUAUUUGCAAUAUGUUUAUACUUUGCAUUUAGCUUUUACUAAGAAAUCAACAAUAAAAGAGAUAAAGAUCCAUAUCUAUGCUUAAAUCAGUAACUUUGUUCUUGUUUUACUGACUUAUGAGAGAUGUGUUUGGAUCUUUCCUGGAUCAUUAUCCAUCUCCAAGUUGUUGUGCAGGUGAUGCAAAUAUUCAGUGGAAACGAUUGUUUUGAAAUUUUCCUAAGGGAACAAUAAAGUGUAACCUCAAUACGAAA